UAAUGCACCUGAAGUUGUUUUCCAACCGGUGAAGAGGGAAACCACCUGAGCAUGCGCAAUGCUGAUUUACAGGGGCAUGAUCCUUACGUUGUGCUGUCGAUAAUCAGCAACAUCUUCUCUGAGUGCCUGUCCAGUGUCAGCUGGGCAACGCCUGUGGGUUUCUGAGUGAUUGAGCCCAUUACCUUGCAAAGAUGGAUUUCCAGCAUCGAGCUGGAGGGAAGACGGGGAGCGGUGGGGUGGCCUCCUCCUCUGAAAGUAACCGGGACAGACGAGAGCGGUUACGCCAGCUGGCCCUGGAGACUAUUGACAUCAAUAAAGACCCCUACUUUAUGAAAAAUCAUUUAGGGUCAUACGAGUGCAAACUUUGCUUGACUCUUCAUAACAAUGAGGGCAGCUACUUGGCUCACACACAAGGAAAGAAACAUCAGACCAACUUGGCCCGGAGAGCAGCCAAAGAGGCAAAAGAAGCUCCUGCCCAGCCAGCUCCUGCCAAAGUGAAAGUUGAGGUCAAGAAGUUUGUCAAAAUUGGUCGACCGGGAUACAAAGUAACCAAACAGAGGGACUCGGAGACCGGACAGCAGUCCCUACUUUUCCAGAUUGACUACCCAGAGAUCGCUGAAGGAAUCGGACCCAGGCAUCGUUUUAUGUCUGCUUACGAGCAGCGCAUCGAGCCCCCUGAUCGCCGUUGGCAGUACCUGCUUCUGGCUGCUGAACCCUACGAGACCAUUGCAUUUAAGGUCCCGAGUAGAGAAAUUGAUAAAGCAGAAAACCGCUUCUGGACCCACUGGAACAGAGAAACUAAACAGUUCUUCCUACAGUUCCACUUCAAAAUGGAGAAAGCUAUUUCCCAGUCCAGCGGACCCCCACCUCCUGUUGGUGUGAAGCGUCCUCCUCCUCUCAUGAGUGGACAUCGCCAGCCAAACGAUAAUAUGCCCCCUCCCCCGCCAGGAGGGAUGCCCCCUCUCCCACCUGGUGCCCCCGGUAACCCCCAUAUGCCCCAUCAGAUGCCCAUGCCCCCCAUGCCAAUGAGGCCGCCUCCUCCUGAGAGCCUCAUGUCUAAUAAUUGAUUCCCUACCAGCAGAUCGUGAUUGCUUUCAAUGACGUUGAAAGUCUACAUCUAGUCGAUUUUUAUACAUUUGUUUGAUUUAUGUAAAUGUGUAGGGCAGCCCGUAUGACCCCACUGUUUUGUAUAAAUGCUCACUUUCUGGACGUGGAGCUAUGAUUGAGAAUAGCUCACCUUUGAACAUUCUGUUUUUUGUAAUUAAAUUCUUUGGUGAAAAAACA